CUCACACUCCUGUUCCUGCCCAAUCCCGACUGUCUCUCUCUCACUUCCCGACUGUGUCAGUUCGAUGUCGGGCCUCCCGGUCUCAGUCAUGGCGCCCCCACCGUUCCGGAAGUGAGUGGGGCCCCAGUGCAGGCAUUUCCUGUCAGCUCCUCAGCCCAGACUCCAUUAGUGCAGCGGUAUAGAGGGGGGAAGCAGCUGGUGACAGCCCCGGAGCCGAGCCUGGGCCGCUCUCCCCCCGGAGGGGGACGCAGUCGCACACCGCCCUCUCCCUCCCGCCCCACCGGCCACCAACCACGGCCGCUCUCGGCGAGGAAACUCUGGCCUCCGCUUCCUCCGACUCGGACACCGGCGGAGCAUCCCCUCCCCCGCGGAAGAGACCCCGAGCCUCGGAGGAGGCGGCAGGAGAGUCCGGGGCAGCAGGAAGCGCAGAGCUGUCGGUCGGGCCCGCGGGACCGUGUGGCGGUGGGAGUAACAUGCAGGCUAACGGGGCAGCGGGGGAGGAACCGGCAGGGAGCGGCAGUCUGAGCGCCCACAACGGAGAAUCCUCGGAACCGGCUCAUUCCAACGGGCUCCUCAGCAACAACAACAACAACGGCCUGAGCAGCAGCAGCAGCGCCCCCGCCGAGCAGCCCGGAGUGAAGAAGAAGAAGCGCCUCAGCCAGGCCGACGAGGAUGUCAUUCGCCUCAUUGGGCAACACCUGCACGGCCUGGGCCUCAACCAGACAGUGGAGCUCCUCAUGCAGGAGUCGGGAUGUCGCUUAGAGCACCCUUCCGCCACCAAGUUCCGCAACCAUGUCAUGGAAGGGGAGUGGGACAAGGCAGAGAACGACUUGAAUGAGCUGAAGUCCCUGGUUCACUCCCCACACGCUGUCGUGGCAUGUCGCCCUUCCUCAGGAGGCUCAGGGAGUGAACAUUCCUCUGUAUCCUGCCCUACCACAGACGUCAUUCGGAGGAUGAAGUUUUUGCUGCUGCAGCAGAAGUACCUGGAAUACUUAGAGGACGGGAAGGUGCUGGAAGCCCUUCAAGUGUUGCGCUGUGAGCUCACGCCGCUGAAAUAUAAUACAGAAAGGAUUCACGUCCUCAGUGGAUAUUUAAUGUGUAGCCAUGCAGAUGACCUACGUGCAAAGGCGGAGUGGGAAGGGAAAGGCACUGCGUCUCGCUCCAAACUACUGGAUAAGCUUCAGACUUAUUUGCCUCCGUCGGUGAUGCUGCCCCCACGGCGCUUGCAAACCCUGCUGCGCCAAGCUGUGGAAUUACAGCGAGACCGCUGCCUCUACCAUAACACGAAACUUGACAAUAACUUGGACUCAGUGUCCCUGCUUAUAGAUCACGUCUGCAGCAGGAAACAGUUUCCAUGCUUCACACAGCAGGUGCUCACAGAGCAUUGCAACGAGGUUUGGUUCUGUAAGUUCUCCAACGAUGGCACUAAACUAGCGACCGGAUCAAAAGACACAACUGUUAUAAUAUGGCAGGUCGAUCCAGACACACACCAGCUGAAAUUGCUAAAGACAUUAGAGGGCCAUGCAUACGGGGUCUCUUACCUGGCAUGGAGUCCAGACGACAACUAUCUAAUUGCGUGCGGUCCAGACGACUGCUCCGAACUGUGGCUGUGGAAUGUGCAAACAGGUGAGUUAAGGACGAAAAUGAGCCAGUCCCACGAAGACAGUCUGACCAGUGUUGCAUGGAAUCCUGAUGGGAAACGCUUUGUAACAGGAGGCCAGAGAGGCCAGUUCUACCAAUGUGAUUUAGAUGGCAACCUGCUUGACUCCUGGGAAGGGGUAAGAGUGCAAUGUCUGUGGUGUUUAAGCGAUGGCAAGACCGUCCUUGCUUCAGACACACACCAGCGAAUCCGGGGUUACAACUUCGAGGACCUCACGGAUAGAAACAUAGUGCAAGAAGAUCAUCCUAUAAUGUCCUUCACAAUAUCAAGAAAUGGAAGAUUAGCUUUGUUAAAUGUAGCAACUCAGGGUGUUCAUUUAUGGGACUUGCAAGACAGAGUUUUAGUGAGAAAGUACCAAGGUGUGACGCAGGGCUUUUACACUAUCCACUCGUGUUUCGGAGGCCAUAAUGAAGACUUCAUCGCUAGUGGCAGUGAAGAUCAUAAAGUGUAUGUUUGGCACAAAAAAAGCGAAUUGCCCAUCGCAGAGCUCACAGGACACACGCGCACAGUUAACUGCGUGAGUUGGAACCCACAGAUUCCCUCGCUGAUGGCCAGUGCUUCUGACGACGGUACUGUUAGGAUAUGGGGACCAGCACCUUAUGUAGACAACCAGGAGUUUGAAGAGGAAUGCAGUAGCAUGGAUAGUUGAUGGCAAGUUGCGGCACAGACGACUUCUCUAACUUAAAAAUUAGUCGUAUUUUUAAAAAUGGCUUGGGAUUGGUGCAAACAAACAAGAUCGAUUAACCGGACAGACGUUUGUCGCCGAAGAAAAGAGAGAGGAAAAAAAAAUCUAAAAAAACAAAAAAAAAAAAAACCACCACAAAAAUUGUUAAAGUCUGAGGGGUCAUUCUGGGGCCCUUACAUUUUACCACCCUGCUUCAUAGUACCCAGCUCAGAUGAAGCACGUCGUUUAGAAUGUUGUUGGACACCGUGUAAAUCCCCCAUCGGUUGUGAAGAACUGUGCUAUAUUCAGGCUAUCCAUCGAACUCGGUAUCUUUUUUUCCCCCCGUCUGCCGUUUGUUGUGGCGGGGCUACCAUACAUGUUGCUCUUCUGUGUAAUGAAGUUUAAAUGCUUGUUUGGAAAACAAAAAAAAAAUAAUUAUUUAACAGUUUAGAAGGCUUGAUAGAGUGCUUUAGUCUGAGUAUCCAUUUAAUAGGAAAGUACAUCCUGCUCUAUCCGCCUUAUUUACCCUUGAGAUCUUUUCAGCUUGGUUCAUGGAUAGUAGCCUUAACUUUUAUUUUAACAUUUAUUUUCUCCCUCCCUCCCCCUUGGCAAAAGGACAACAGAUCUGGUUCCCCUUAAUUAAGGUCAAUUAAAAAAACACACAGACACACACACAAUGGAAAUUUUGUACUUUUUUUCCCCCAAAGACUUAAGAGCUUGAGUGUGUUACCCUCCCCCCGUCAUGGGCUAACGGCACAAUUUUUUUUAAAAUAAAUUAAGUAUUUAUAGGACUAUAUUGAAUUCAUUUGUAUGAGUUUAACCAGCUAUUUACUAAUUAGAGGCACCGAGAGAGGGAUUUGCCCUCAUUGCACAGGCAAAUACAUACAAGAGAGGAAAACGAGGGGGCGGGAGGUGUGUUUUGUUUUGUUUUUUCCAUUUGUUUUAUUGUAUCUCUAUGGUAGAAACCAAUUUGUUUAGCUGCUGAUAUUAAGUAAGAGAUAAGGUCUGAGGCACACUCAUUGUAUGGUAAAGCUGUGUUUGUAGCAGAUCACGUGCAAAGGUUCCGUAUUGGCUUGUGGCUUUAAGGUUGGGCAACCAUUUCACCAUCCCUUGGAUCAUAAUAGGACCUUGCGAUUGGGGCUAACUUGCCCUUGAAGCAGAGGAGCUGCUGACCGUAACCAGAUAUAAUAUGGUGUCGGCUUAUUUUUCUUAUUAUGAAUGAGCAUAUAUCCUUUGUUUCCUGUUUGUUUCUCCUUCCACGUCCACCUCAUGUACCGUACAGUAUCAAUUUGCACAAGCAUCGACCGGAGGCAUCAAGGGGCAGGUUUACUUGUCCUUUAUCAUACUGCCAUCAUUCAGAUCUUCAUGGGUAGAUCUGUAGCGAAUACAGAGCCAGCAUUAAAGAUAUUCAUUGUA